AGUGAAUGACUACAGAGUUGGCUCCUCCUGAGUUGCUGUAAUGAAGGGAAAUUGACAGAAAAUGUCACUGGCGAGUGAGACAAAGAGGGUACAGCAGCUGCUGAGGGUCUUUGAGUCAUCUCGAUUGUGUUUCCUGCCUGUUUCCUGAGCCAGCAGCUGUCCUGACGAGGAGGAAGGCUGUCCACAGAGCCGCAGGUGUUCAACAGAAUUACCCAGCCAUCCAGUCCUGCCCAUGGCAAAGAUGAGCUGGUCUGCCGGUACACAGUGUGUAGCCAAGGGGGACCACAAGAAACCCAAACCUGGAGAACUGGCGUACCGCAAAGGAGACAUCCUCACUAUUGUUGACACAAGCACGGUACAGUCAAAUAAGAAAGGAUAUUACAGAGCCAAACACAACACCACAGGGGAGGAAGGACUCAUAAACUCCACCAAUGUACGUGAAAGAGAGGCUCUACGUGUGGACCCUAGCCUUAGCCUCAUGCCCUGGUUUCACGGGAAGAUCUCCGGGCCAGAGGCGGUGUGUAAGCUGCAGCCGGCCGAGGACGGCCUGUUCCUGGUUCGAGAGUCCAUCCGCCACCCUGGCGACUACGUCCUGUGUGUCAGCGUCUCUGGAGAGGUCAUCCACUACCGGGUCAUUUACAAGGAGAACAAGCUGACCAUUGACAACAUGCAGUAUUUCUACAACCUCAUUGACAUGAUUGAAUUCUACUCAAAUAACAAAGGUCCCAUAGCUACAACUCUUCUGAAGCCCAAACAAAAGCAGGGAACCAAGUCAGCUGAGUUAGAGCUGUCUAAAACUGGAUGGCUGCUAGACAUUACGAAGCUCAAACUGGGAGAGAAUAUCGGAGAGGGCGAGUUCGGUGCUGUUUACGAAGGAGAGUAUAUGGGCCAGAGGGUGGCAGUAAAGACCAUUAAAUGUGAUGUCACCGCUCAGGCCUUCCUGCAGGAGACCACAGUCAUGACGAAGCUCCAACAUAAAAACCUGGUGCGAUUGUUGGGGGUCAUUCUUCACAAAGGGCUUCAUAUUGUCACAGAGCUCAUGACUAAGGGAAACCUUGUUAACUUUCUCAGAACAAGAGGACGCUCAGUUGUGAACUCGGUCCAGCUGCUCCGCUUUGCUCUUGAUGUGUGUGAGGGGAUGGAGUACCUGGAGUCCAAGAAGCUGGUUCACAGAGAUUUGGCAGCUCGUAACGUACUGGUUUCUGACGACAACUUGGCCAAGGUCAGCGACUUCGGACUGACCAAGGUGGACUCGAAGGUGUCAGAUAACGCCAAACUGCCAGUCAAAUGGACGGCCCCUGAAGCUCUGAAGAAAGAGAAAUUCUCCACAAAGUCAGAUGUUUGGAGCUACGGUGUUCUUCUGUGGGAGAUCUUCUCUUAUGGUCGUCAACCUUACCCUAAGAUGUCUCUGAGGGAGGUGAAGGAGAGAGUGGAGGGGGGUUAUCGCAUGGAGGCUCCAGAGGACUGCCCCCCUGGUGUUUACUCCCUGAUGAGGAUUUGCUGGGAGCAGGAGCCACGCAGAAGGCCUGCUUUCCACAAACUGAGAGAGAAACUGGAACGAGAGAUGGGUAAAGGCAGCCCGGGCCCUGGGUCAGAGCACCAGGAUGGGAUCAGGUCUAGAGCUGGAUGCUGAUUUCGGGUGUGAAUCUUGAACUCCACUAUGAUGGUAAUAGAGUGCCAGCUGUCGGACAGCUUAUCCACACAUUGUUGCCCCCUCCGGUGGAGUAAAGGCCUGGUGGAGUAAAUGUUAACAGUUCCAACUGGAUUCCUCUAACAGAUUGGACAAGACAACCAUCGUGUGAGUCAUCACGUAAUGCCAGUGAGAAAUAGUUCAGUGGUUGGAGCCAUGACUAUAUAUAUAUAUAUAUACAUGACCAUUAACUUUUCUUUAAUGGAUCUGAAAGCAAAAAUAGGUGGUAUGAUCAUUUUCAGUACGGGAGUUGUAGCUGUGCUGGCAGCAUGGCUCCAUGGAUGUUCAGUGUAUUAACAAAUAUUUUAAAUCAACCCACAGAAGAAUGUCAUGUCUACUACUACUUGUCAUGUCUGUUUAUGCUUGUAGUAACACACCAUACAUUAUUUGGUCAACAAAUCCCAUUAAAAGACAAAAACCAAGCAUAAAUCCAACUAAUAAGUAUCCCCUGUGUAGCCGAGAGCCGACAGAACUUAUUCCUGUGUACCAUAGAUUAUUAAAAGCACAUCAGUGAGCCACACCAUGUCACUGAGUGACAUUACAAUGGACAUGCUGCAGUAAAUAUCACUGGAUACCCUAAAAGCUUCAGUGCCCAGCUGGUUUAGUUACUUAUUUAGCCCGCUUUAUUAAAAACCAUUGCAUUUUAAGAUUUGUAUCGUCAGUGGGAACAAAUGUGAUUGAGUGCUACAGACAGGCCGGGGAAGUCAAAAAGUUUACCUGAUCUAUCAUAUUGUUUUUCAAGGGAAUUGUUGACAAUAACAAUAACAAAAAUACAGAACACUUCAGUCUCAUCAACCUAACCCUAACCCCCUAACCCUAACCCUAACCCUAACCCCUAACCCUAACCUGCAAAAGAAACAGUUAAAUAAAUGGAAUAGUUUAGCUAGGGCAGGACUAGAAAUUCUUUCUCUGUCAAUAUAACACGUAAUGAGGAAUUUAUUGCUUCAGUGAACUACAUUUACCAUCACCGCUUAUUGGUCACCCAUAUAAAAUCUGGCAAAUGUUCCCUGUUAAACAGUAUUGUGACGCUUGAUGAUGAGUGGCAGCACAUGUACCAUAAUGUAGUUUUGAUUUGUGUGUGAGAAAGGCAUCUGUUGAAAAUGAUGAAACAUGUGUAGGAAUGAGAAGGACAGCGAUGGAGGAGAGGAAAAAUGUUUCUCUUGGAUUUAAUCACAGACCAGCAAAAUCUGCUUGUAUCGCUGUACUAUGGCAUGGACUCAGGGCUUAACAUGACUGAUAUCUAAUGUUAUUGCUGGUACACAGUAAGUACAGAAUUUUACUUAUUUCGUACUUGCAGCAGUUGCUUUUGUGCACGGGAGAUUGGGGGGUUUAAUAUACUGCAGAUGGCUCCUGAAGUACAGUAGCUUUUUGAGUGUAAUGAAGGCCAAAAUUCAAAGACGACCAUUUGACAUGUAGCAUUUAUGUGCUUAUUUUUUCAGAUUUCUUUUUAGAAACCAAGCCUUGUACUAUGUUUGACACGUUGUCCGUCACACUCCACUGUGCAGCGUACUCAGGGCUGUGGGAAAUACGGCAUUUAUUACUACUUUUGCUUCCCUCUUUAUUUGGAUUUUGAGAUUAUUGGAGUGACUUUGUGUUAUCCACCAUCCUCCUAGGAUUUUUGCAGGUACAGAAUAUUUUCUGCUUCCCUGCAGAUGAUUGUUUUACAUAUGCAGUUACACAUUGUAUUUAUUAAAGUACAUGUAUUACUCAUUCCACAGGAUGCGAUUGUCAGCUGCUUUUUAGCAGAAAUUCAGAUAAGGCUAACACACUUUAAGUUACUCACUGCAAAAUAAAGCCUCUUUUUUGUAUUGUUGUCACGUCACAGGACCAAAUGAAAGAUGUCAUUUUAUUUAAGUCUGUGUAAGCCUGGUAUUUGUCUCUGUCCCAGGAGACAGACCCCAAAUUGAGGCUUGAUCCUUCGUCUCUUGUUACCAUACAGUACAAGUGCGGGUCCUCCACGAUUUGUUCAAUCUGCUCUGUUUUCCAGAAGCUCUCUAAUGGGAUGAGCAGCAAUUCUGUGCACAAGGAUUUAUAAAGCAACCAGAAAAUAAUAAUAAAAGA